AUGCCUGAAAACAAUGCAACUAUUGAGAAUCGAAUCCAGGAUGCCCUCGCCGCGCUAUCCAAUCAGGAGAAACCAAAUAUCUCGAAGACUGCGCGAGAUUAUCAUGUUCCUUACCAGCGGCUUCGAUAUCGCUGGCAAGGCCGACCUUCCCUCCUACAGCGCCAACCAACCCACAGAUUGCUCAAUGAAAGCCAGGAAAAGGUGCUCUGUACCUUUAUGGAUACUAUGGAUGACUUAGGCCUUUGCCCGAAGCGAAAACAAGUGGAAGCAGCGGCGAACUCUAUCCUCCGCGAAGCGCGAUCGGACCCAUCUAUCUCGGUCGGCGAACACUGGGUUACACGCUUUCUAAAGCGUCAUCCUGACUUCAAACGACGACGACGACGAGCUCUAGACAUCGAGCGAAUGCAAGCACUUGAUAAAACGGCUACACAGGCGUGGUUCAACCAGUAUCAUCAGAUUAUUGUCGAGAAGGGGAUUCUACCCCAAGAUAUCUACAACUUUGAUGAAACUGGGUUCCAAAUUGGCGUUGGCAAAGAUCAGUGGAUUAUCACUAGGGAACCUACGAAGAAAAUAUUUAGUGGGACAGAUACCAACCGGGAAUUAGUGACUAUCGUUGAGUCUGUGAAUGCAGAUGGUAGCUUCGUGAUUGCACCACUCAUUAUCCUUACCGGCCGCCAGAUUCUCCUUCGAUGGUUCGACAACAUCACCGAGGAGUUGGAUCCAGCAUUUCAAUCGCGAAACUAA